UGUUCCCUCAUCUGGAAUUACAAAUUAGUACUCAAAAAGAUUUCAUUUAACAUUUGCUCCUUUUCUAUUCAUUUACGUUCUCUGGUAUUAUACCUGUUCCGCGCAUAAUUAACGGAAUUCUUAGUAAAAUUAAUCGAUAUUGCUUAUCGAUAACAAACUACUCCAAUUAGAAGCAGUUGACAAGUAGCAGUUGUCACUAUUCGGCAAUUUGUUGACGCGUCAAAAACGUUCGUACGCGUUGGACGAAUGACAUUUUGUACUUAACCAAUAAGAAAGAAGCGAAGUUAUUAUUCAGCCAAUUUUUAGUCGAAAGUGUUUUAAUUAAAAAAGUUUAGAUAUACGGAACAUAAUUAAUAGAACAAUGGCGCCACAACAAAAGGGUAAACAAGGUACAAAAGGAGCAAAGCAGAUUGUGGAGGAAAAUAAGGCCACACUGAAGUUCUACAGGAACAUGGCCCUUGGUAGUACCGCGGCCAUAAUAUUGUUAAACUUGGUAUUUUUUGGACUCAGCAAAGUAACAGUGAUUAUGGGCAUCAUAGCCGUACUAAUUUUAGCCGGUUCCGUUCAAUUCAUGGUUUUUAUGUCAAGACCAAAAUACUCUGAAAAUGGUAGCAUUCUUGAUUCCGGAAAUGACUUGAAUAUGGAAGGCGGUAUAGCUGAAAAUGUAAAAGAUUUAAUAAUAUUAACAUCUGGAACCAUAAUUUUGUCCUUAUUAUCGAAUUACUUUUGGUACCUGUUACUUUUGGCGCCAUUGCGGGCCAUUUGGAUGUUGUGGGGCAGUGUUAUACAGCCCUGGUUAUCGCAGCGUAAUGCCGCAGACCAAGAACCCGAAUUAGAUGAGAAAAAACAACGUAAACUUGAACGUAAAAUGCGUCGCAUGAGAUGAAGAUACCAAAGUCGACUAAAAUGGACCUCUAUUUACACAUUGCCCAUAGCGGCUCUCAGAGUCAAUAAUGUAACGUAUUGUAACAAAAACGGUUGUGCCUAAGUUAGCCGUUUUUACGAUGGUAAAGUUCAGUUACCAAUUUACAUUAAGUAUUUUGUUUUGUUUUCUGGAAUUGGUAAUUUAAUUUGCAUAUGGAGUUCACAUAGUUGUGUUUUGUAUUUUUGGCGUUACCAAUUGAAGGGUUUCUCGUUACUUUACGAUUGUAAGUAUUUAUAAGAGAUAUACAUCUACAUUUUGUAUACAAUUAAGAAAUAAUAAAGAAACACAAAAAUGUGACAAAAUAUAAAACUAA